GCCCUCUGACACGACCUCGUCACACGAGAGCGGAAGCGUGACGCCGACAGGACCGCACGUCAAGGUUAUGACUCUGUGGGGAGCCCUGAAGGUCUGAGAGAUGAGCAUUUGUAACCGAGAGGGGGGUCAGUGUGCCGAGAUGGCCAUGGUAUGCCUGACAGACUUUGAGGAGUACGCCAAGGAGCAUCUCUCCAAGGCCACCUGGGACUACUACGCCGCCGGAGCCGACGAAUGCUGCACCAGGGAUGACAACCUCCUGGCCUACAAGCGAAUCCGCCUGAGACCUCGAAUCCUGCGGGACGUGUCCGUGAGCGACACCAGGACCACGGUGCAGGGGACGGAGAUCGGCUUCCCGGUGGGCAUCGCACCCACGGCCUUCCACUGCCUGGCCUGGCAUGAAGGCGAGAUGGCCACGGCCAGAGCCACGGAGGCCUUGAACACGUGUUACAUCACCAGCACCUACUCCACGUGCUCGGUGGAGGAGAUCGUGGCGGCGGCGCCCAACGGCUACCGCUGGUUCCAGCUGUACGUGUACCGGGACAGGAAGCUGUCAGAGCAGAUCGUGCACCGCGUGGAGGCCCUGGGCUUCAAGGCGCUGGUCCUCACGGUGGACGUGCCGUACACGGGGAAGCGCCGCAACGACAUACGGAACCAGUUCAAGCUGCCGCCGCAUCUCAAGGUCAAGAACUUUGAUGGCGUCUUCCAGGAGGCGGCGGGCCCGGAGGAGUACGGCAUCCCGGCCAACACGUUGGACCCGUCUAUCAGCUGGAAGGACGUCUACUGGCUGCAGUCCAUCACCAGGCUGCCAAUCAUCAUCAAGGGCAUCCUGACCAAGGAGGACGCCGAGCUGGCCGUGGAGCAUGGCGUGCAGGGCAUCAUCGUGUCCAACCACGGGGGUCGGCAGCUGGACGGCGGCCCGGCCUCGAUCGACGCGCUGUCAGAGAUCGUGGACACGGUGCAGGGGCGGAUCGAGGUCUACCUGGACGGGGGCAUCAGGACGGGGAGCGACGUGCUCAAAGCCCUGGCCUUGGGGGCCAAGUGUGUGUUCAUCGGCCGCCCCGCAGUGUGGGGUCUUGCAUACAAGGGGGAGGACGGCGUGAGGGAGGUGCUGCAAAUUCUGAACGACGAGUUCCGCCUCUCCAUGGCUUUGUCAGGUUGCCGGAACGUGGCGGAAAUCAACAGGAACCUCAUCCAGUUCUCCAAGCUCUGACAGAGGGCGGCACGGAUGGAUCCACCACGGAUGGAUCCACCACGGAUGGAUCCACCGCGGAUGGAUCCACCGCGGAUGGAUCCACCACGGAUGGAUCCACCACGGAUGGAUCCACCACGGAUGGAUCCACCACGGAUGGAUCCCCCACGGAUGGAUCCACCACGGAGCCCAAGUCUGCCAAAGACCACAAGAUGGAAAGAUUAUUGAUGACGUCCAGACAACACCAACACAACAAGACAAAAGUUGACUUCCAUAUUUGCCUGUAUGCGCCAUGAGAAGGGAUACUGUAAUACUGUAAUACUAGGAAAUACCCUUUCGGCUGUGUUUAAAUACAUGCAAAA